UUUCUGCUUUCUUUCUUUCUUUCUUUCAUAUUUUUUUCUUUAAUCGUCUGCCGAAAGAACUUCCAGUUAUCGGCUGCUCAUCAGGCCCUAGCAGACGAGGGGACGCGCUUUCCGCGCGCUGGUUCAGUCACAAAAAGGUUCGGAUUGAGCAGGUGAUCUGGGCUCUGCUGAAGCUUUGCGGGGCGUUUUCCUUGGCUAGCUUCUGGAGGGAAACAUCAGCACGAAGACCGAUGUCGAUUUCGAGAAAGACAAUGACAUCAUGAUGGGCGAUCAACCAGCCCCGACGGAGAAAAAGAAGAAGGGAAAGAAGAACAAGAAGAGGAGGAAGGGCAAAGGAAAGAAGAGGAAAGGCAAGGGGAAGAGGAAAGGCAGGAAGAAUAAGGGCGAGAGGAAGAGGAAGGGAAAGAAGGCAGCCACGAGCGACGUGAAACCGAUUCUGGCCAAGAACGCAACCCUACCCGGAUUGAAUGGAACCAAUUUGCAAGCCGACAUGCCCAAACUGUGGGUCGAUGAGAACGGAAAACUCGUGGUCGACGAAUCCGAUCCGUUGAGCGGUGUUCAAGGCCAGGACCCGAAAGAUCCGGAUAACUUCUGGCCGGACAUUAACGGCGAUCCUAAAAAUCCCUGGAGGAAAGAGCAACCGUGGCCUGGAAAUGAUCCCCGAGCAGCGAACCGCAGCCCUUGGACUGCAGUCGACCCGAGAGCUGUAAAUGCUAACACGAACAACAACAAUAUCAACAACAAUCCUCACAGAAACGAGCCUUGGUCGCAGACGGACCCGAGAACCGGUCGCGUCAACCAGCCCGUACCGAAUAACCGACAACCGAAUAUAUGGCCGGACCCUUCGAACCGUGUUGUUCCAGAUAUGGGUAACACUAACAAGUAUUUUGAUGUGGGACCUCUGGAGGUCUUCAUGCAGAACUGUCCAGAUUGUUUCGUCAACGGUAACUGGGCCAUGUGGCAACAGUGGUCUCCAUGUACUCGCACCUGCGACUUCGGCACCCGAACAAGGAUUCGAACCUGCACCAACCCAGCUCCAAAUGCUUGCGGCAUGUCCUGCCCUGGUAGCGCCUCCGAGGAGGCUGGUUGUAACAACCCCUCUUGCCUUAGAUGCGUGGAUGGUAACUGGGCCAGCUGGGGUCCGUGGUCAAACUGUCCCGUUACUUGUGGUGACUCAACGGUCAGCCGGUCACGUACGUGUAGCAACCCGCCUCCCAAUGGAUGUGGCAGGGAGUGUUUCGGAGACCCUGUGGAGUCCAAGCUGCAGAAUUGUGGACCGAGAGAACAACACGGAAACUGGGCCAUGUGGAGCUCCUGGAGCCAGUGCAGCGCUAGCUGUGGGCCAGGCACCUACACAAGGUCAAGGACAUGCAGUGCCCCUCCGGCCAACCUGUGCGGACGUCAGUGUGAUGGUCAGUCCUUCCAGACCGCCCCCUGCAACAGAGAGGACUGUAGGCAGUGUGUGGAUGGCAACUGGGGACAAUGGAACAGCUGGUCACAGUGCCCAAUGACCUGUGGAGAGUCUACAGUCACACGUACCCGCUACUGCAACAGCCCGCCUCCCAAUUUCUGCGGAGUGUCUUGUCCUGGGAGUGGAACCGAGACCAAACGGGAACUGUGUGGACCGCCUGCGCAGGACGGCAACUGGGCCAUGUGGAGUUCCUGGAGUCAGUGCAGCACCACCUGUGGACCCGGCACCUACACACGGACCAGGACAUGCAGCAACCCGCCCGCCAGCGCCUGUGGACGCCAAUGCCCAGGGCCCGCGUUCGAAUCCGGCACUUGUCAACAGCAGCCGUGUCGCCAGUGUGUGAUGCCCCGGCUGACAUGUACUAUGACGAGCGGAACGGCCUGAGCCCCGUGGAGAGGCGCGAAAGGUACGAGAAGGAGCGCCUGGAAGCGGAGAUGACGCGCGAAAAAGAUGCCAGGAGGGCCAGGCUGCUGGCUGAGAAACUGCGGGACCUGGAGAGGAAGGAGAACAGACUGGUCUUGGGCGGAGAGAAAGUAGAGAGCCGCCGCCGCGUGAAUCCCGGCUGCGUGAGAAGCUGUGACGGUUUGACCACAGGCCGUUACCCAUCGUGCCGAGGCUGCAACUACUUCGUCAUCUGCACCAUCCGAGGCCGGUUCCGGGAGAGGAAGUGCUCUCACAACCACGAGUUUGACAUCCUCCGGGAACGGUGUCGCAAACACUCGCACUCGUGCAUCCUGGAGUAAACACUGGCUCACGCUCUACAACUACAGACCGGUGGCCACUUGAAUGAUGGCAGGGUUUCUCUGACCCUCUACGUAAACGUUAUAUAAGAUGCCUUAUCUACAAACAAAGUCUUUAUAUUUUUGAAAAGAUGUUAUGUUUUACGAAAGUAUGUUUUAUUCAUUUAACUCAUGAAAACGCAACGGACCAAUUAUUAUGUUCUGUCCGAUCAGCAACAUACCAAAAGCAAAGUUGCAGCACAUUUCCAACCAUCAUACACAAAUCAGAAACGCAAAUUUGCAUAUUUAAUCAUAUGCAUGUUGUUACCUGACUUUUUAAAAUUUCAGAUAAAGCAAAUAGAAUCGACAAAUCUGUAUGAAUAAGGAAGAUAAUAAUAAAUAAAAUAUUUUUUUUUCUUAAAAGUACCCCGAAGAACGCGCAUUUAAUUAAGCGUGAUCGAAGGACCAGAUGGCGCGCCCUCAGUGAGUUAAACUGCCUUCAAGUUGGUUUGUGCUGACCGAAUGUCAACCCCAUGUAUAUCAACAUAAAUACCUAAGCUGACUUUUUUCUUACAAAAACAUAACUUUCGUGACCUAAGAGCAAUAAGAGCCUGUUCGUGUUAGGUAUUGAAGAGAUACACUCUUGUAGCUCUUGGGUCAAGAUAAGUGUUUCCAUAUUGAACACAAGCAAAAGGGUGAAUGGAAACAAUUUCGAAAAGAAAAAUAAUCACGGAGAAACUAAUUAAUUAACCCAUCUGUAUAUCUCAUUAUAUUAUCUAAGUACAGUUCUAUGUGAUUGUAUUCUACAUUGCCUCGAUAAACUGACUACGAGAAUCUUAUGUAGAUAGUUAGGUUUUAGGGAAAAGAGAAGUAAUUUUGUUACAGACAGAACAUGCUGUGUUCUAUAUAUUAUCUGGGGGUGUUCUUUGAGUCAAGAGACGCGUACAUUCCAACCUAUAGUCACGUCAUUUCUGGCUCCAAGUAGAUCAUAGGAAUGCAGUGAGUGUUUGUAGUAUCAUCCACAUAUUUCUUUUAGAGAAAGGAAAGAAAAAAGGCACACAUACCCACAAGAUUUGUUGAGGUCCUUCAGAGAACAAUAAAUGCUUGUUGUGUUAAUUAUUAACAUCUGACCCCUAGUUUGAGAAGUAACCAUUUUGUACGUGACACAUAGCUCAGUAUCGAGCUUGGAUUUAAGUAUAAAAGCAGCAUUGUAAUCGUUCGUAGUAGAACCAUAGCUAUAAUAUUGAGCAGGGGUAUUUCUCCCUCGAGUAAAUGUAUGUAUUGAGUCUACGCUGUUCCGGUGGGGAUAUCUGAACUGUUUGUAUUUAGCUGAUCUUUAUACAGCCUUGUUUGUGUUUAACUGAUUUUUAAUAGUUUUGAAUGGUAUUCUGUAUACGGCAUGUCUGAAUUAUGCCUUCUCUUGUGCGAUUGGUUCAUUUAUCUUUAUUUGUUGUUUUUUGUGAGUCUUCUUUUUCUUUUGUUGUUCUGAUAGUUUUUAAAUAAUAUUGUUGUUAGUAUUAACUUCCAGUGGAUGUUUUAAGUGUAAGCUUAUUUGUUUAGUAUUCAUUAUUUACUGUUCCUAUACAACAACAAAAAAUACAUAUUAUACAUGAAUUGGUUGUGUUUGUGUCUGUCUUGGUAGAUGUUUUGAUGACGUCACACUGUCUGGAGUUUCACAAGCUUGUUCUUCCCGAUAUUAAUUAACGUCUGCUUAAGAAAGAAAAGGGUGACAUUCUGUACAGCUUUAGCUGAUCAGCUGUUCACCUUUGACCUAUGAAGUAAUCUGCUCUGUUUGUAAAAAUGUUUGUCUGUUAUUGUUGUUGGGUUUUUUUUUAUUACGUGGUUUGAUAUUAUGAAGGGAAAGAAUAGAAGUACAACAAACACAAAAUGACACCAAUAAAAACCAGUACUGACGAAGCAGUGAUGUACUAUUAUUGUGGAAACUUACCCUUUUCAAAUGCUAAAAGAUUUUAAAAUCUCUCUGUACUCUUUAUUAGCUCCGAAUAUUUCCUCCCUAUCGUACCAAGCUUUCGUUUGGUAAAGGAUAGAAAUAGGUUAACCUCACCCGACUGUGAAUACUGUUCAAAAUUCGAUAUCACUGUUUGUUAACCAGCUGACAUCAUAAUAGUAUGUGUUUACUGACAUUGUCAGCUGAAACGUGUGUUUAGUACUAUUGGCAGUCGACACAUGACGGGUUAUCAAACAAUGUCAACUGACAUCAACCAACACCAGCAGUCAAAAUCUUCAGACAGAUAUUGUUGGGGCAGACAAGUGACGCAAUAUUGCUCAAACUGCUUGUGACAACUCCAUGUUUCAGGUGUGACCCUACACAGUGCGUGCGCCAGUUCAUGAAUUGUGAGAACAGCUGUUUUGUUUGUUUUUUUGUUUGUUUUUUUGUUUGUUUGUUUGUUGGUUGGUUGUUAUGGGGGUGGGGAUUUUUUUUGCCUCGUCCUUUGAAAUUUCAGGACAAAUUCUCACGACAAAAUCGAAUCGCUCUAACGAAUCGCUCGAAAUUCGAGUAAACAAACCGUGUCUAUUGGAUGAUUAGACAAAAGCAUUAGGGCGAGCUGGACGGAAUGUACGUUUCCAGCUUCUAUUUAUCAGAUCAGAGAGUGUUAUUCGACCUCGAUUUUCUACUCCCACCCGGUACAACGAAAUCUCUCUCUCUCUCUUUCUCUCUCUCUCUCUCUCUCUCUCUCUCUCUCUCUCUCUCCCCUCUCUCUCUCUCUCUCUCUCUCUCUCUCUCUCUCUCUCUCUGUCUCUCUCUUUCUCUUCUCCAGGAAUAAUUUUUAUCCUCUAGAACCCGGUUAAAUCAUGACCCUCUUCAGACUUCUGUCAAGUCAGUCCAAUGAGGCACACUUAUGUUUUAGACCGAAAUACGAAACAAAACAAGAACAACAAGAAACAUCAACAAAAAAUGGGGUUCUUUAGUUUUAAAAAGUCAAAAUAAAUGAAACCAAUACCGACUUUUCGUAUUAGUUUUACACGGUUUUAUGCACUCAAAAAAUAUGCUCUCGUUUAUGAACAUUGUCCGUUUUCCACCAAAAAUAUUGACGCUUUUACGUUAGAAAAUGGGCACGUUCGAGCAUGGAAACCGACACAUCCACAUAAGAAAAUUCACACAAUAAAAUGUACAGGACUGGCAAGACAUUCUGUUUCCAUUAUUUGGCUAUGCGUGUGGUGGUGCUCGUUAUACAACAUUUUUUCCACUCAAAUUGGCAAAGUUUACAUCUAUACUUCUAAUAUUUUAACUGCUUAAUGUACCUGCUAACAUUAUUGCAUCUAUUUUUAGAACGUAGUCAAACGUGUAUAAAGGAGAUGUUAACUGGCAUAAAGAUUGCGAGUAUGUGUGAAUGUUUUGAGUCAAAGACCGGUAGAUUUGCUUUGAUGUACAUGGAUAAUAGACAUUAUGGAUAUUUACCUUUUUUCCUGUUUUUGUGGGGUUCCCAGUGACGCGAUGAUAUUUUAAAAAAAAACCACACCAAUAUUUCACUAUCUGAGAUAAUACUUCAACCCCGGGCACACACAACUACUAUUUGAUUUGUUUAACAGACAAACAUGUAAUCGGGAAAGAAAAACAAAACAAAACGAAAACUGAAAAGGUAUUCAAAAGAUAAAGAAAAACAAAAAACAAAAUUGAAUUCGGUCAAAGUAUUAUCACAUCUUGUGCAAGUAAAACGAUGGUGCUAUAUAACUAUAUCGAUUGGUACUCAUAAGUUUUAGCAAAGAAAGAGUCAAAACAUAAAUGGCAUAGUGUGUACACUGCAAUACUCUCUUACAUAUUGAACCAUCAGUGCCAAUUACUCACUAUUUCCUACUGAGGAAUCUAUUCUGCUGAUUGUAAGCUCACAACCUACUCCAAUGCUUGUACCACCUUCAGUUUUUUAAUGGUUUUUUAUUUUAUUUAGCCUACAACAGCAACAUUACUAGAAUUAGGAAUUAUGUUGCAUACGUUCGGUGCCAUUAUGAUCAAUGUUACAAGUUCCAUCAUAAUAUGGCAGUGGAAUGAAACACGAUGCGGUUUUUUUUCUUAAGAAUAACGACCAAUGUGUUUUGUAGGAAUAACGUACGGUGUGUUGUUGGAAAUCGUCAUCGUCGCAAUGAUCUAAUUGAUGUUGUGACCGACCAUCGUCAAACCUCGGUGUACCUGCACUAAACUUAGGAGUCACUGCACUACGCUCAGCAGUAACUGUUCCCCCCACCCGUUGACCUCUCUGUACACAUAUACCCUUACCCCCAUAAAUACCUAUUGAAGUUGUAUACUGUAUCUAGCAAUUUUUAUGCUUUUUUAAUAAAAGGCCUUAUCUACAACCUAG